UAAGAGGUUCAGGCGGACACACAUUCCUCUGCAGUUUACAAGUGAAGCUUCAUUGUGGAUGAUGGAUUGUUCAGAGGAGGUUCAGCCGGUGUCUGAGGAGCCCAGCGCUCAAAUGGAGCUCAAAAAGGGAAUGUCAAUUUUCAUUGAUAUUUUACGGAGGGCCGACAAAAACGAUGAUGGAAAACUGUCCUUUGACGAAUUCAAAUCCUACUUCUCUGAUGGAGUUCUGACAGCUGAAGAAUUGAAGGAGCUCUUUCACACAAUUGAUACACAUAAUACAGACAAUGUGGACACGGAUGAACUCUGUGAGUACUUCUCCCAGCAUCUCGGUGAAUACGAGAAUGUGCUUGCUGCCUUAGAAGACCUGAACAUGUCCAUACUGAAGGCGAUGGACAAAACAAAGAAGGAUUAUCAGGAGUCCACCCACUUGGAGCAGUUUGUGACCCGCUUCCUGCUGAAGGAGACAACCAAUCAGCUUCAUUCACUUCAAAGCUCUCUCGAGUGUGCCAUGGAAACCACAGCCGAGCAGACUCGCCAGGAGAAACAGGGUCCUGUGAAGCCAGAGGUGUUGUCCAUCCAGUGGUCGGGUCGUCGCUCUAAUCGGAGGCUUCAGAGAAACAACAGCCUCUCCCCCAACAAUCCUCUCCUCAGCCUCGUCAGUUCAGGUGUUUAUGAAGAAGACAGCCAGUGGAUAAUCCAGGUCAACAGACUGCAGAAACUUAUCGACCGUCUAGAACAAAAGGAGAUUCGUCUGGAGCCCGUUGAAGAAGAGGGUCUUGGAGAGCAAUCGCACAUCCUAAUAGUUCAGAGGCAGCUCUCGGUGCUGGAGGAAGAGCUGGAGGAGUUUCGUUUGGCUCUCAGACAGUACAUGGAGUGUGCCUGUGCCCAGACUGGAUGUUUACACAUUGCAGUUCAGCGGCUGGCAAAUGAAUCAUGCUUCAUUCUUUAUGAAUUCUGGGAGCACAACAACGUGUGGAAAAAUCACCUACAGACUAACUACAGUAAAACCUUCCAGAGGGGGAACGUGGACUUCCUGGAAACUCCUGAGACCAUUACCACCAUGUUGGUUCCUGCCUCGUGGUGGGUCCUCAACAACAACUGAAAGUGGACACAUGCACUUCUCUUCACUGAUGGGUACAAACAAUAAACAGCAACCUGCCAACACAUCUGGAAGUCCACGCAUACACAUACUCACACACACCCACAUACACACUAACUGAACACAUUUUGUGAAGUCAUGGUGAUUAGUAUAUAUUUUAUGACCUCCAUGUUCCUUCAUAGUUUGGUGGUAGCUCAAAUAGCCCACGUGUUUGUUUACACUCCUCGGACAUCCUGAAAGCAAUGACCUCAGUAGACAGUGACCAAUCUGAUCGUUUUAUCACUGUGUUUGACAUGACAUCUUUAGUCCAGAGUAGUUCAUGAGAGCUCCGUGUGUGUGUGUGUGUGUGUGUGUGUGUGUGUGUGUGUGUGUGUGUGUGUGUGUGUGUGUGUGUGUAUGGGUAUAUUUGUGAGGACCAGCAUGUAAAGCUAAAACAUUUUGUCCUCACUUUUUGGUUUUAGGGUUGAGUUCAGAAAUGGGUUUAGGCUUCAGUUGGACUUGUGGUUUUAGUUGUGGUGUUAUUAUUAUGGUGAGGGGCUAGGAAACCAAUUCAUUAAUGAAUAUCCUCACAGAUAGCCAUACAAACGUGUGUGUGUGAGUGUGAGUGAGUGAGUGAGUGAGAGAAAGAGAAACUGUAUCAACUGUAGCAGCUCUGGGGAGCUCAUUAAACCAUAAUACUGUCGUUUCAGCCUUUAAUGAGUUAAA